AUGAGACUGAUCGCUUGCUGUUCCGUGUACCUGGCUCUGCUAGUGGCGAUGGCCUCGGCAAGGUCAGCCGAUACCAACCCGACCAGCAACUCCAUUAACGAGGAAACCGCCAGGUCUACCGGCAACAGUAACGUGUUCGGAGAUCUACGACAGAUGUACCAGAUCUACAAGGAGUGCGCAGACGAGGAGCUCAGUCCCUGCCUGAAAGUGAGACUGUUGUCGGCGAUGGACAGGGUGUCCAGGAGCUCCCAGUUGAACGUCGCGGACGGGGUGACGUUCGUUCAAGAGGAUCCUGUCUCAGGCGAGGAAGAAGCGCCAAAAUCCUUCCAAGAGAUCGAAGCCAACCUUCCAAGGGCGUUAGACGACAAGGAGGACGCGUUGAACGCCAUGAUCUACGACAAGGUCGUGAAAUUCUUUCAGAGUCACACGCUGAAGCUGAAGUUACCGAACGUCGAGGAACUUCAACGUAGCCUCGUGGAAGAAGGUCGCAAGAAGAAGAAGAAUAUGAGCGGUCUGUUGGCCAUCCCCCUGCUGAUCGGCGGCACCCUGGUGCCCUUGGCGUUGGGUGCGCUCGCCCUUCUAGCCGGCAAGGCGUUGAUCGUCAGCAAAUUGGCGUUGGUCUUGGCUUCCAUCAUCGGCUUGAAGAAGCUGGUAUCCGGUGGCGGGGAUCACGGGGGUCACGAGGUCGUUCAAGUGGCCGGAGGGCACGGAUCGAGCGGAUGGGCGAGAUCGAGUCACGACCUCGCUUAUUCCGCUUACAAGCCGGCGUCUACCUAG